AUGAAAGGGAAUUCGCACCUGAUCAUAUGCUCGGUGAAAUCGCAGACUCAUUUUCCCCCCUUCAGUCGCACACACUCGCCUCCUGAUCUGGACAAUGCCACUUUGAAAAUUCGCCGUGUAACUGUUGAGGAAGUCGAAGACGAAGAUGGCACAUAUAACAGGCGCUUUUUUGAAAGCUACCCUAAUGCUGGCCGGCCAAUAGAAGAGGGAAAGACUGUGUUUGAAAGCUAUUGUCAGCACAAGGAGGAUGAGGGCGAGGAUGUCUGGGCACCUUUUGCUGACGAGGAAGAGUGGAGACUAGCCGAAUGGAUGAUCAAAAAUCUUGGUCAGACACAAACAGAUGAAUAUCUGAAAUUACCCAUAACCAAAAAUCGAACGAAGCCAUCAUUUCACAACAAUCAGACAUUCCUCAAGAGGGUGGAUGAGCUCCCGCAUGGCGCUUCGUGGAGUUGCAAGAAAGUGAUGGUGCAAGGAAAUCGGGAAGACGAGGAUGGGCGGUCAUUGAGUGAAGAGGUUGAAAUCUGGAUGCAAGAUCCUGUAGAGUGUGUCAAAGAUCUUAUUGGGAAUCCGUCAUUCAAAAACCAUAUGGCAUACGCACCAUCACGAGCAUACAAGGACAAAGGAGGUAGUGAACAGCUCAUAGAUGACAUGUGGAUGGCUGAUUGGUGGUGGGACAAGCAGAAAGAACUGCCCGAAGGAGCAACCUUGGCACCUAUUAUUCUGGCCUCUGACAAGACAUUGUUAUCACAAUUUCGAGGCGACAAAUCUGCUUGGCCCAUUUACCUAUCAAUCGGCAACAUCGCAAAAGAAAAGCGACGACAAACAUCUGCCUGGGCAACAAUCCUCAUUGGGUACCUACCAGCCACAAAACUCGACUGCUUCACCUCUGACGCAUGUUCCCUGGCUGGAUACCAACUUUUUCAUCACUGUUUGUCUCUGCUGCUGGAACCUCUCAUUGCAGCUGGUCGGGAUGGUGUGGAAAUGGUGUGUGCUGACUCCUUCAUUCGGCGAGUGUACCCCAUACUGGCUGCAUAUGUCGCAGAUUUCCCUGAACAGUGCCUUGUUGCAUGCUGUAAGGAGAAUCGUUGCCCUAAGUGUUUGGUUGCGGCUGAUGAGCGGGGCAACCCACUAAACUCGUUGAUGCAGGACCCGGAGUCAACAAAAGAGACGCUAGAGAGACGGAGGAAUGGUCGGCACCCUGUAGAAUUCGACGAGGAUGGGCUGCGUGCCAUGUAUAGGCCAUUCUGGGGCAAUUUACCCCACACCAACAUCUUCACAGCUUUCACACCAGACUUCCUCCACCAGCUGCACAAAGGAGUCUUCAAAGACCACCUUGUGAAGUGGUGUCUCGACAUUGCGGGCGAGGAUGAAAUUGAUGCCCGCUUCAAGGCCAUGCCUGACUACCCAGGUCUUCGUCAUUUUAAGAAAGGUAUAUCUAGUGUCAAACAGUGGACAGGAACGGAACACAAGGAGAUGCAACAUAUCUUUGUUGCAUUAAUUGCUGGCGCAGUACCAAGUCGAGUCGUUGUUGUUGCACGGGCCAUACUGGACUUUUGCUAUUAUGCACAACUGCAUACACAUACGAGCGAAUCCCUGGACGGUCUCGAAAACACACUCACAGUAUUUCACGUGCACAAGGAUGUGUUGAAGGAACUUGAUGUUCACGAUCAUUUAAACAUUCCGAAGCUGCAUCAAUUGUCUCACUAUGUCCAGUCAAUCAAAUUGUUCAGGGCUGCUGAUGGAUUCAACACCGAGCUUCCUGAGCGCCUGCACAUCGACUUCGCUAAAGAAGCUUACCGUGCGAGCAACAAGCGUGACUAUGAGGAACAAAUGGCGUUAUGGCUUCAACGCCAGCAUCAGGGAAAACCUCCCACAGGAAUUUUGAAAAUGUGA